AAAUCUUUUUCUAUUUUGGGCCCCAGUAAGCAUAGCUUCUAUUACUGGUAUUGUUAUUUGGGCCUGAAGCCCAAAUCUUCGAAUUCCCCAAUUAAACCCCUUAAACCCUAAACCAAUGCCUCUAUUUCUGCAACUCUCGUACCAGCUCUCUGUAACUGUAACCAUGUCGAUUCUCCGUAAACUCCAUAACAAAUCUCCUUAUUCCCAAUCUAUCCUCAAAAUUUUACGCGCUCGCUUCUUCUUCACCGGCCAGAUCCCUGACCCCGGGCCAGUGCCCGACGAGCCAUUCCCUGACGAGCCUACCUCAGCGUACUACGACGAGCAGGUCUACAAAGCAGGCCGAAGUGGGGACUUGGUGACUGUGGGGCACCUCCUAAAUAAGCGCGUGAGAGACGGAUGCUUCAACACCACCAAAACCUUCAAGUUCCUCACCGCCACGGAGUCAUCUUUCUCCAUCCUCGACGAUUUGGUCCGAACCGUAUCUCGUCUCGACAAAGGCGUCCCGCGCAAGAACGCGUUCGAUUCACUCAUCUCUCGUCUCUGCAAGCUGGGAAAAACCGACGAGUCCCUGCGCGUGAUCGACACGAUGGCCAAGAAAGGGUACGGAUUAAACACCGUUAGCUUUUAUCCGAUUUUGUGUGCGUUGACGAAGAAGAAGAAGAUGGAGGAGGCGUGGCGGGUGGUGGAUCUGAUGAGAGACGCCGGGCUUUUACCGGACGUGACGACAUAUAAUUAUCUGCUGACGGCCUAUUGUUUCGAAGGGAAGUUGGCGGAGGCGACCGCGGUGGUGAAGAAGAUGGAGGAGGAAGGGUUGGGUGCGGACGGGCGUACGUUCGACGCUCUGAUAAUGGGCGCGUGUAAGGCGGGAAAGGUGGAGGGAGCUCUGUUGCUGCUGAGGAGCAUGGUGGGUGACGGCUUUCACGUGAUGCAUUCGACGCAUACGCACGUGAUCAAUGGGAUGUUGAGGCUGGGCUAUUGGGACCCGGCGGUGAGGUUUGUGAUGGCUUGUCGAGGGAGGGAUGAGAAGUUGGACCAAGAGAGUUUUGGGGUUUUGGCCAACAAAUUGAUUGGUUUGCGACGGAGAGAUGAAGCAAUGCUUGUUUUGUCUGAAAUGAGGAAAAUGGGAUUGACUAUGGGUAGAAAAUUGACUGAUUUUUAUGAAAUGAAUGUAAACAAAAACCAAGGGACAGAAGGAAAUUAAUACACAAUUUUGAGUAUUCCAGAGAUAAGUCGAUUUUGAUUA